AACGAAGGUAUUCGUCUAAGUAUUAACAUGUAUACAUAUAGUAUAUCCGCUAAUGGGUUUCUCUCUUCAAAGAACAAAAUUCAACAGCAUGCACCAGAUCGAUGACGAACGAGUCAGUGGAUGUCAACCAGCACAACAGAAUCGCGGCAGACAGCGUUUGAGCGCACCCUCACCUCGUUUUCCGCCCUCGCCACGUCAGUAUGAGGCACAUGAGUUUGGUUUAUGUGAAGAUGAAGAGUUUCAACAUCCACGCAUGUUUGAAAAUCUAACUUAUGAAAAGAAUGCUGAUGCAUUUGAAGCAAUGCGCGCGGAAAACGCAAGACCUCGCUAUCAACAACAGCCCAGAUUCAAUGUCUCUGACCUCCCAUCGGAGCAAUUGGAAGAUUUUUCGAGUCCACAAUUUAGCGGUGCUUAUGAUGAAGAGGACUGUAAUGAAUGUUCAGAGCAACCACAAACACCGGAUAUUUGUGAUAUUUCUGCACCAGACUUUUGUGAUGUAUCUGACGCCUCACCUUGGCCGGAUCAAACACCCCCACCAAGGCGUGCGCAGUCGCCAUCGAGACAACAGCAAGGGCAACACUAUACAAGCGAAUGUUUGGACGAUCAAUCGGCUCCAAUGUACGAUAGUCCAGGAGGAUCACCUACACCGCAAGCGCAUUAUACUCCAAUACGUCUCUUGGACACCCCGGAUGUGUGUGCUCCAUCACCACCGGCGCCCACGCCUACACCCCCGCCUCAAUUUUCACCAAUAAGGUUUCAGCUUUCACCAGUGCAGUAUCCGAGCGAAUGUUUGGAAGACGUUACAGUGCCUUCGUUUGCGCGUACGCCUUGCGACAUGCCAACACCACCUUCGCCAGCAAGAAUACAAAUGCCACAGGACUUGCCUUCUGACAUGGUUUGCGAUGUCAGUGCUCCGUCUUUUCGUUCACCUGCAACGCCUUCGCUGUCAUUUCCAGGUGAGCCGUUAGACGAAAUAACAAUGCCUUCUUUCGAAAAUGCGUCCUGCGGUUCACCUUUGGACAGGCGAUUUCUUUUGGACCCAAGAUUAGCCGACGAAAGCCCACCCUCUUUUGCCGUUUCUGGUGCUUCAUCAUCAAGGCGAUCGCAUUCUCGAAGAGAUACAUCGUGUGUGCUUAUGGGAACACCACCUCCUGCGUGUCCAACACAGCGUUCAGUUUGCCAACCAUCACAGCAAUACGAGCCCACUCCCAUGCGAAAACGCACGUCCCCGCCACGAAGAUUUAAUCUAGCUCAGACAAUGGCACAGGAUUACCCACCUAUGCAAAGUUCAUGUCCGACAGACACGCCUACUCCUCAAGCGCCGCAUUUUUCAUUCUAUUCCCCAACACCGAUCGGUAAAGACUCUUUGCCCGGAGAAUGCCUAACAGACAUCAGCGAACCGACAUUCUUCGGCGCUUCUUAUCGCAGCUCACCUCACACAAGGCAAUUUCCAGGCAGUUUACCUAGUGAAUGCCUUGGUGAUAUAACUGAGCCAUCAUAUCAGAUGACUCCUCCUGCGCGUACACCCUCUCUUCCGUGUGAUCUACCGUUAGAGCAAAUUUGUGACAUGAGCCAACCCAUGUACGAUAGCCCACGCAGCGAACGUUUGUCUAGCAUGUCGAUGCCGUCCUUUGUAGAUACAUCAUGCGGCUCCCCUUUGGAUAGGCGGUUUCUUUUGGAUUCUAGAAUUAUGGAUGAAAGUCCGCCAUCUUUUGCAUCAUCUAUGCCAUCCUCGCCUCGCAUUUCACCGCCAUGCAGAUCGCCUUCACCACGCGGGCCACGUUCCAGAGCGCCAACACCUCAGCGAACUCUGUUUGUGCCCUCUUUUUCUCCAUCCCCAAGACAGCGACUUUCUCGAAGUCCAUCUCCUGUAUGUCCACUAACACCGCCAGCACCACAUUUCUCUUUACGCUCUCCUACGCCAAUAAGAUCCCCACCUAUGCAUUCAAUACCAACGGAUCUGCCGGAAGAGUGUUUAGCGGACAUAAGUGAGCCAGCAUAUUUCAUUACCCCACCUAGAGCUUCACCUAUGCGAAGAUAUUUUCCCAGUAACAUGACCAACGAGUGUUUAGCUGAUAUUAGUGCACCAUCUUAUGAAAUGACGCCACCCCCCAGAACGCCAUCAAUGCCACACGAUCUGCCAUCAGACAUGAUAUGUGACAUGAGCCCGCCGAUGUACCAGUCCCCCGCCAGUGAGCAUUUAUCAGGUGAAUCGAUGCCUUCAUUUGCAGACACUUCUUGCGGCUCCCCCUUAGAUCGUCGAUUUCUAUUGGAUCCAUAUUUAGAAGACGAAAGCAUGCCAACAAUGGUUUCUGCUGGAUCGCGAUCUAUUUCCCCGGAGAGAUCAGCGCCUAGGGCAAUAGGCGACUCCAGGUUUGAUGGGACGUAUUGUGAAAUUCUUCAACGGUUUAAUGCAUUGAAAGGCAAAAUGUAUUCCUCGCAGUGUGGAAGUCCGGGAUCUCCUAGCAUGAGCGGUGGAGUGAUGCCGCCAGGUGAAUGCAUUCGAGAAACUGUUAUAGAACGCACAGAAAAUGAGAAUGGACAACUAGAAAGCACCACUCAGCACAUAGUUGUGACGAUUGAUCCAUGCGGCUCUAUGAAAACGCACACCAAAGAGAUAAGAACGCAAUUUCCACACCAAACACCAAGAAGAUUAGUUCCACCUUCGGCGGACUCCGGGGUUCUUACUCAAAGUCCUAGGCCCGCUACACAAAUUGAAAACUUGCGAAGCUCUGUUCGCAAGCGGUUGGGCUUUGACAUCUCGGAUAUGCCCAGCGAAAACUUAGCCGACAUGAGCCCGCCGUGUGCUGAUGAUUUACCUUCUAUGUCCACCGAAAAUAUUUUGCAACAUUUAUCAAGUGUACCCGAGGAACAACUCACAGAUAUUUCUGCACCAUCGUUUCGAAGUCCACCGAUUCCAUCCGUCUCGUAUCCAAGUGAAAUGUUGGAACAAAUGUCGAUACCAUCUUUCGAAAAUGCCUCUUGUGGCUCACCACUGGACAGGCGAUUCCUACUGGAUCCAAGAUUGGCGGAUGAAAGCCCUCCGACGCUCGCAUCAUCCUACGUUUCUUCGCCACAAGCUUCUUAUGCGACUCAUUCAUCUGUGCCAAGCGCAUCUGGAUAUACGCCUUAUAUGCGUGGUAGACCACACACUCAUUCGCCUAAACAACAUUCUCCUCAAAGAGCUUUUGAAGCGGAGCCAGCUAGCACUACUUCCCCACAGCGAUUUUCGCUUAGGCCAUCACCUCGCACAGCGUCUCGUUCGCCUACGCCAGUUACCCCACAGGCGCCUUACUUCUCCUUACAUUCACCCACACCUAUUGGCUCACCACCUGGACGUUCUUUCCCAAGAAGUUUGCCCAGCGGGCAGUUAAUGGACAUAAGUGAACCAGCGUACUUCAGCGGUCCACCUAGAGCUUCGCCACAAAGGCGUUCGCUACCUAAAAGCAUUCCUAGUGAAAGACUUGAAGAUAUAAGUCAGCCAUCAUACCAGAAAACUCCACCACCCAGGACGCCCUGCACACCUACAAAUCUACCAAGCGAAAUGCUAGGAAAUGUAUCUGCGCCUUCUUUCAGUUCACCAGCCAGUGAGCACAUUUCAAGUGUCAGUAUGCCAAGUUUUGCAGAUGUUUCAUACGAAUCACCUUUGGACAGGCGCUUCCUCUUAGAUCCUAGAUUAGCGGAUGAAAGCAUGCCUACAUUACCUAGGACGCCGUCGACACUUCAAUCUUCGAGUACAUCUAGACCUGGCGGAGCAAGACGUCGGCUCUCGUAUAGUCAACCGGAUUCAAGCAGAAAAAGUGCUAGGAGAGAAGAUACGGCCAGAAGUAGAUCUGAAGGUAGAAAAGACCUUGGUGAACACGGUGCAGCCACUGUAGAGCAAACGCACAUCACAAUAAAACAAAGCGGAACAUAUCAACAACAGCAAAAGGUAUCGCCUGCAAGAAAAGACGGUUCUCAAACCAUAACUCAAGGUGAGCGUGGACAAUCGCCCUUGAUGGACGCAUUAAAGGAAGAACUCAAAACAACAACGUCAAUUCACUCUGUCAGUCACAUAUAUCCUCAGGAUUCUAGAGGAAGUCGAGCAAGUAGACAAGCUCCAAGUCGAAGUAUGUCAUUACCAAGCGAAAAUCUAGGAGAUAUUUCAAUGCCAACGAUGGGAAUGUCCACCACAGGCUCUUCGCAACAACGCAAAAUGUCACCAGCAAGUCAAAAUCUGAACGAUAUUUCAAUGCCUUCAGGUCCAACGUCUACAUUCAUGUCUACUACAGGCCGCUCAUCACCGCGUACCAGGCGACGAAGAUCUGUACAAGAUGUUAAUGAUAUAUCGCCUAUUUCGUUUGCAACUACGAUACCGUCGACUAAUAUAUCCGGGUCGAGUCCGGGUAGAGGAAAUUCCAGUAGAAAAUAUACAUCAACAUCGUCGAGGGGGCUGUCGGGUUUAGCUAAUUAUGCCCCUUUCUUCGAACAAAUACGUUCGCGUAACACCUCUGGCACAUGCGAUUGCUGUGAUCCUUGCAGUCCUUGCUGUCCAACAGUCCAAAAUAAUGAUUGCAGUGACCCAUGUGCGGGUUUUUCUAAUUCUAAUAGAUCAAACAAAAGCGACAAGCGUUAGUGGCUAAAACGUGGUUGGUAAAAUAUGGACAUGCAUUUUAAAUUAAGAAAAAAAAAAUCAGUUACACUUUAAAAAUUAAUAAAAUCACUAUGCAAUAUUUUAUGUGAAAAGCAUAUCAAAUAAAUACAUAAACUUUUUCUUCUAAGCUUUAACGUCAAGCUUCUGGGGUCUCGGUAGUCGAAAAUGAUAACGUUGUAACGCCUGUUUGAUUGGCAUUAUUUAGCACAUUAAAGAAAGGUUCGGCUUAUAGCGUCAAUUAAGUAGUGAGGACUUCAAAACUGUACCAGUUUCUUCUAAACUUAUGUAAGUGCAUAUGUAUGAACAUUAGGGUGGUCCAAAAAUGCAUGAAAAAU